AUGGCCGAUUAUGGGGUACACGCGGUUGCUCAAUUCGAAGAGCUUCUCCAGCAGAUAUUACACAAGGCGGACGAGGUCAAACCUACGCAUACUAUCGAGCCACCAUUAGACAAAUCAGAUUUAGCAGAUGUAUUCGAGCGCCUUCAUUCCGUAUUUCCACCAUCCGAUGUUGCGGAAAUGAACGAGGGGGAAACGGCGGAGGAAAAGGAGCAGAGGUCGACUGAGGAAAAGAAGAGGGAUGUGAAGAAGCGAAACCAAUACGCCAUAAUCGAAACGGCAGCUCGAGAUACCUUUCACAAUCUACUGGCCACUACUACAAUUGACAGCCCAGCGUUUGUUCGGAUAUGGCAUCUGUUUGACAUCAUUUCAAUCCUCUCCGACGACGAACAAUGCGACCCAGCUCUUUUAUUCUGGUUGGUGGAGGACCUCUUGGACAGUCAAACGAUUGCUGGUUGCCGCACAAUUUUUGAUUAUCUUGAGUCUCGGCGUGACAGGAUUACUGCGAAGCACUUCAGACAAAAGCAUUUGGUUAUCCUGCGAAGCUGUAACGAGCUUCUUCGAAGACUUUCGCGCGCCGAAGACACCAAGUUUUGUGGCCGAGUUUUUAUAUUUCUAUUCCAGAGCUUUCCGCUUGGUGACAAGAGCUCCGUCAAUCUACGAGGCGAGUUUCACACAGAAAAUGUCACCACAUACGACGAAGUGUCAUUGGAUGGUAUGGAUAUUGAUAGUGAAAACAAAAAUGACACCACAAUGGCACCGCCCAAGCCCUCGGAGGGUUCGAAAAGUCCAUCAUCCAAAAAGUCAGAGCCUUUGAGCAUCGAUAAACUUUACCCGAUUUUCUGGUCGUUGCAGCAAAGUCUGAGCCAGCCAAGAAGUUUGUUUGAUACAAAAGCUUUUGCUGAAUUUAAACUUGCCGUGGACGCAACGAAGACUAUGUUCACAUCCGUUCAAGAGCAGAAUUAUGGCCGGCAGACAAGGCCCGCAAUUGAAGCGACUAAAAGCCCCAAGCGGAAACGAAAUGAUGGAGACGAUGACCUCGCCGAUGCCUUUAAUCCAAAAUAUCUGACAAGCAGAGAUCUUUUCGAGUUAGAGAUCAGUGAUCUCUCGUUCCGCAGGCACAUUCUAGUUCAAAUACUUAUCAUCGUUGACUUCUUAUUGUCGCUGGGUCCAACCAGCAGAGCCAAACUAUCACAGGCAUCAUUACCUAGCAACCCAAAUAAGUCUGUCAUGUAUGCUGAUUAUUUCUUGAGCGAAGAAAAUGAAACAUGGGCGAAAGAAACGAAAGCAGCUGUACUAGACUUGAUCAAGAAAGGACUCGAUGGACCUCAUUUCCAUCGAAUGAUUGAGUCGGUUCUGUCGAGGGACAAAAAUUGGGUAAGAUGGAAGAUGGAAAACUGUCCAACGAUCGCUCGAGAUGGCGUUACGCCCGGAGAGUACAUUGCUGUAAAAGCUGCUGCUCACAAGGUUGCCCUCAACAAGCGUCUCCGACCUAAUCCCCUCGGAUCCUUGGAUCUUAAAUUUCUGUCAGAAACUAACGCUCAAGCCGGGCUUGAACGCUUAAAGGAUCCCUCGCGUUAUGAAGUUCCAUCUGUUAAGAGUUUCAAGUCAAAGAUGGAGCUUGAUGACAUGGACAUUGAAAUGGCCAUGACCGAAGAAGAGAAGAAUGCCGCCAUGGAAUCGAAAGCAAGCAAGAGCUGGAGAGCCUUACGUAUUGCAAGCACCACUAACAUUUUGGCCUUCGAUAAGAUUGAGCGAGCUGAUAAGAUUGAUGAGGUCUUUCUAGAUCCCGUCAAGGUUGAAGAAGCUGUUUCUAGUUCACAAGAGGGUAACAAUGACGACGAAGUCGGACAAUUGAAAGACCGGCGUACAAUCAUCAUUGCAGGUCCCUCGGGAGUUGGCAAGUCGACUCUGAUAAAGAUGCUUCUGACCAAACAUCCAAAGCUUUUGGAAAGAAAGGUAUCCCAUACUACUAGGGCUCCUCGAGAGGGAGAGGUUGAUGGUCAACAUUACAAUUUUAUUACGAAGGAGAAGCACUCGAUGAUGCGAGACGCAGACGAAUUUCUGGAGUACAAUAACUAUAAUGGGAAUGAUUAUGGUACGAGUCGUAAGCUGGUAGAAGGUAUCAUUGCAAGAGGCAAGAUACCAGUGAUGGAAAUGGAACAUCAUGGCAUACAACAGACAAGAGAUAAUGGCUUUGUGGCACGUUUCAUUUUCAUCGAGCCUAAAUCUCUAGCAGAACUAGAAUCACGCGUACGAAAAAGAGGCGAUCUUUCGGAUACGGAAAUCGAAGGCCGACUGAAAAUUGCGAAAGACGAAAUCGAACAAUCAAAACUUGAGGGAGCAUAUGACCACAUAUUCGUCAAUGAUAAUCUCGACGAAACGUUUGAGAAAUUGGAUGCAUAUCUCUUUGAAGCAAAGGAACAUUCAAAGGAAGAUUCGAAUGGCUCGUCGAAAGAUGUCGAAAUGGCCGAGGGCGUCGGUCCAGAAGCCAAUAGUGCACCCGAGGGUGAUCAAUCAUAA